CCAGCUGAUGAGGGUGCAUGAAUCUAUUGGCUGCAGGCUCCAUUCAACACUGUCCAAUAGCAUCUGGAGAGAGACAGAGAGAGAGGGAGAGGGAGAAAGAGAGCGAGAAAGAUGUGAACGUCGUAGUUUUUUCUUCUGUUAACGAUAAUCACGUCCUGUACCGUAUUCAGUUGUUGCGGGGUUCAGACCACAAAUACUUAGCCUAUUCCCGGGAGCUCACGGCAACGGUGGAAUUUACCCCUGGCACGUCGCUGGUGCACGAGGCUCUGCAGUCAUCGACACACGGUCCCAGGAUUUCUCUCACCGCUCUCCUGUCCUCUCUCCCCAUCUUCUUUUCAGUUUUCUUCGCAGUGAGGGAUGAAACGCUCUGUCAGCUGACAUUUUUACUGCAGCAGCUGCGUGAACAGACCAAUGGAGCAAUGACGUGUGUCGGCAGAACAGUGUGACUGUACGAAGAGAACCGGAAGGUGACUGGCUGACCCAGGGAGGAGAGAGACAUAUUCUGAGACAAACACACACAAAAAACUGAGCAGGGCUACGUGAGUGUGUGUUAGACUCUCAGACGGAGUCCUGAUCUAAACCGAACGCAGACACUCCCACAUGUCUCCCCCGUCUACCCCCACCCCUAUCCUCUCUCUGCCCUCCUAUCUACUGUGUGUCCUCUCCAUGUUCCUGUCCCUGUCCAGACUGAGGGGCAUCCUCCCCCCUCUCCUCUCCCUUGUCCUGUCCCUCCCCCCUGCUGCUAGCCAGUCAGUCAUCACCACGUCCCAGGGCAGACUGAGGGGUCAGUUGACCCCCCUGCCUUCUGACCUGCUGGGCCCUGUGGUCCAGUACCUGGGGGUCCCCUACGCCCGCCCCCCCACCGGGGAGAGACGCUUCCAGCCCCCCGAGCCCCCCCUGUCCUGGCCAGGGGUGAGGAACGCCACCCAGUUCUCCCCCGUCUGCCCCCAGCCUGUAGAGGAACACAGCCUGCUGACAGAGAUGUUACCUCUCUGGUACUCUGCCAAUCUGGACAUAGCCAGCGCAUACCUGUCACAGCAGAGUGAAGACUGUCUCUUCCUCAAUAUAUACGUCCCUACUGAGGAAGACAUCCAUGAUGAGGGCGGUCUGCGGCCAGUGAUGGUGUAUGUCCAUGGAGGUUCUUAUUCUGAAGGGAGCGGCAACAUGAUGGAUGGCAGUGUCCUCGCUAGCUAUGGAAACGUCAUUGUCAUCACAAUCAACUACAGGCUGGGAGUACUGGGUUUCCUCAGUACGGGUGACCAGGCAGCUAAAGGCAACUAUGGUCUGUUGGACCAGAUCCAGGCUCUGCGCUGGGUGAAGGAGAACAUUGCUGCAUUCAGCGGAGACCCAGACAGAGUCACUGUGUUUGGCUCCGGGGCUGGAGCCUCCUGUGUCAGCCUACUAACUCUGUCCCACUACUCUGAGGCAUGCUGUGUAUCAGAUCUGUUCCAGAAGGCGAUCAUCCAGAGUGGGACAGCCCUGUCCAGCUGGGCGGUCAACUACCAGCCAGGGAAGUAUGCAAGGCUGCUGGGGGACAAGGUGGGCUGCAGCCUGGAGGACUCAUCAGAGCUGAUCGUCUGUUUGCAGGGGAAGACCUACCAGGAGCUGGUGGAACAGAAUAUAACUCCAGCUAAAUACCACACCGCCUUCGGACCUGUCAUCGACGGUGAUGUCAUCCCUGAUGACCCCCAGAUACUCAUGGAGCAGGGAGAGUUCCUCAACUAUGAUAUCAUGCUGGGUGUGAACCAGGGGGAGGGGCUUCAGUUCGUUGACGGGAUGGUGGACAGUGAGGACGGUGUCUCCAGUGACGAUUUUGACUUUGCCGUGUCGGACUUCGUGGACAGUCUCUACGGCUACCCAGAGGGGAAGGACACGCUGAGAGAGAGCAUCAAGUUCAUGUACACAGACUGGGCCGACCGGGAGAACCCUGAAACCCGGCGGAAGACGCUAGUCGCCCUGUUCACUGAUCACCAGUGGGUGGCGCCGGCGGUGGCCACAGCAGACCUCCACGCCCAGUACGGAUCGCCAACAUAUUUCUACUCCUUCUACCACCACUGUCAGAGUGACGCGUCGCCCGCCUGGGCUGACUCCGCUCAUGGAGAUGAGGUGCCGUAUGUGUUCGGUCUGCCGCUGAUCGGCCCCACUGACCUCUUCAACUGUAACUUCUCUAAGAACGAUGUAAUGCUCAGCGCCGUGGUCAUGACAUACUGGACAAACUUCGCCAAGACAGGAGAUCCUAACCAGCCGGUGCCCCAGGACACCAAGUUCAUCCACACCAAACCCAACCGUUUUGAGGAGGUGGCCUGGGCCAAGUACACCCCCAAGGAACAGCUGUACCUGCACAUCGGCCUGAAGCCACGUGUCAGAGACCACUACAGAGCCGCCAAGACAGCUUUCUGGCUACAGCUGGUGCCCCACCUCCACAACAUCAACGAGUUGCUGCAGUACGUGUCCUCUGCAACCCACAGCCCUCCCCAGGACACCACCCCCCACUCCUACACCAAGCGGCUGUCUAAAGGCCUGGGCUUGGGUAGCACGCGCCACCCCAACCCCAACCCCCCGGCCACGCCCCAGGCUCCAGCACUGCAGGGGGAGGAGCUCCAGGUCCCCCACCCCGUUAUGGAGGACUACUCCACUGAGCUGAGUGUUACCAUUGCAGUGGGAGCCUCACUCCUCUUCCUCAACAUCCUGGCCUUUGCAGCUCUGCUCUACAAGAAGGACAAACGCAAGAUGGAACACCGGAGGCUGCCACGCCCACCUCCACGCCGUGACAUCAUGAACGCUGACAUCACACACCAGCUGCAGGGGGAGGGACUUCUGAAGCAGCUGGAGGCUGAGGCUCUGCACCAACACAACACGCUGGAGAUACACGACACACACAACAUACACCACACACUGGAGGCUCUGGACACGCUGGACACACAGGACAUCUACAACACUCUGGACACCCUGCGACUGACCUGUCCACCUGACUACACCCUGACCCUGAGACGUUCCCCUGAUGACGUGCCCCUGAUGACCCCCAGGUCCCUGCCCAUGACCCCUGGUUCUCACCCUGCCACCCCCAUGACCCCUGGAUCUGUUGUGGGGGUGCAGCCCAUGCAGGGCUAUAGUCCUUACAGUAACACUCACCUGCCCCAUACACACACGCACACACACCCCAACACACACACACAUUCUACCACACGCGUAUAACCACAGACAGAGAUGGGGCAGAACGAAGCAGGAUAGUUUCUCCAGCACCUAAGAUGGCGGAACGAUCCAGUCUGCCAUGUUGCAUGAAUAGAACAAUGAGGGAGCAGAAGUGAUGAACUCUGGGAGAUUAAGUAAUGUGCAUCAGUAAAAAGAACAUAAUAAAUGAGAACAUCCAAUAUGGCUGCCAAUUUGGUCCAUACAUCAUGGAAACAUUGCUUCUAUAAGCUGCGUCCGAAAUGGCCGAAGUUGCCAUGUGAUUUGCCCUGGAGCGGGGCUGCUGUAAUGUCCAGAUCAGACUACUGACUGAACCCUCUGGGAACAACUUGAAGAACCUGUGAAAUGUGAAUGUAGAAUAUUUCAAUUGCAAUGAAAUCCUUCAGAGGAUCAACGUUCCCUGUAGCUCUGUGCUCAGCCAGGCCAGGGAUGUGGUCUGAAGGACAGACAGACAGACAGACAGACACCGACAGACAGAGAACAACAGAUGGACAGGGACAGAGACAGACUGUAUUCAUAGCACCUGGGACAAAUUCCCCUGAAUGGUUCAACAAUAACAAGUUCAACAGUCCGGAGAUCUACCAACCAGCAGUCUGUUCAAAUAUGUAAAUAACUUGUAAACCUUAAUGGAGAAAAGAUGGUAAGAUUUAAAGCUUUUAGUGCUUUAUUGCAUUCAAAUAUGUUAUUUAACGACCGUAGGAUUUAAUUUGAGUUGAUUAUAAAUGUAUAGGUCCCCAGAACAAGAUGUCAUUUGACGCUUGACUAACCCUGACCACAUCUAACAAGAUGUAAACCCUGACCCUAACACUAACCCUGACCACAUCUAUGCCCAACCUCUUCUCUGAUCUGAAACUUGUACUGGGACAUGGAACUGGGUCUGUUUUUGGCCCCAUCUCUCAGCCAUGGACCCUUACUUUGGUCCUUACCCCUGACCUGUAACCUUUGACCCUGACCUCUAACCCUAUCCUCAUCCUAACUUUGACCUACAUCCUAACUUGGACCCUCAACCUGUCUAUGAACUCUUAUUUCGGUCCUUACGCUUAUUGACCCCUUACCUCUAACCCUGUCUUCUAACCCUACCUGCUUCCACCAUGUCUCCCAGAGACAAAAGUGAUCAGUUGACCUGAGACCCUAAUUCAAUCAUACUGAAGUCUAAAACGUUGCGAUUAAAAUCCGUCCCGACACAAAUCCUGCAUUUGUGCGCUUUUUGAACCAUAAAAUAAAACUAAUAUGAAAUCAUACACUGAAAGCUGAAAUAGUGGAUCUGAAACAAUUAAUCUUAUUUGAAAUACUACCAUAGGCUAGAUUACAAUAAAAAAAAAUUCCAAAAUAUUUUCAGUUUCUGCCUUAACGGAUGGAAGGAGUCUUUGCUGUAUGUACUGUAUGAACUUUCUGCUCCAUUUUGUUAAAUAAAGUAUCAGUAUUUUACCAUUUAUAUGUUUCUCAUAUACAGUGCCUUCGGAAAGUAUUCAAACCGCUUGAAUUUUUAUACAUUUUAUUACGUUACAGCCUUAUUCUAAAAUUGAUUAAAUAAUUUCCCCCCCCUCAUCAAUGUACACACAAAACCCUAUAAUGACAAAAACAAAAACAGGUUUAGACAUUUUUGCAAAUUUCUUACAAAUAAGAAAUGGAAAUAUCACAUUUAUAUAAGUAUUCCGACCCUUUACUCAGUACUUUGUUAAACACCCUUUGUUAGCGAUUACAGCAUCGAGUCUUCUUGUGUAUGACGCUACAAGCUUGGCACAUCUGUAUUUGGGGAGUUUCUCCCAUUUCUCUGCAGAUCCUCUCAAGCUCUGUCAGGUUGAAUAAGGAGCGUUGCUGCACAGCUAUUUUCAGGUCUCUCCAGAGAUGUUACAUCAGAUUCAAGUCCGGCUCUGGCUGGGCCACUCAAGGACAUUCAGAGACUUAUCCCGAAGUCACUCCUGCAUUGUCUUGGCUGUGUGCUUAGGGUCAUUGUCCUGUUGGAAGGUGAACGUUCACCCCAGUCUGAGGUCCUGAGUGCUCUGGCGCAGGUUUUCAUCAAGGAUCUCUGAACUUUGCUCCGUUCGUCUUGACCUCGAUCCUGACUAGUCUCUCAGUCCCUGCCGCUGAAAAACAUCCCCACAGCAUGGUGCUGCCACCACCAUGCCUCACCGUAGGGAUGGUGCCAGGUUUCCUCCAGAUGUGACGCUUGGCAUUCAGGCCAAAGAGUUCAAUCUUGGUUUCAUCAGACCAGAGAAUCUUGUUUCUUGUGGUCUGAGAGUCUUUAGGUGCAUCUUGGCAAACUCCAAGUGGGUUGUCAUGUGCCUUUUACUGAGGUGUGGCUUCCAUCUGGCCUCUCUACCAUAAAUGCCUGAUUGGUGGAGCGCUGCAGAGAUGGUUGUCCUUCUGGAAGGUUCUCCCAUCUCCACAGAGGAACUCUAGAGCUCUUUCAGAGUGACCAUCGGGUUCUUGGUCACCUCCCUGACCAAGGCCCUUCUCCCCCGAUUGCUCAGUUUGGCCGGGCGGCCAGCUCUUGGAAGAGUCUUGGUGGUUCCAAACUUCUUCCAUUUAACCUUUUACGGGGUCAGCCCGACACCGGUACACUUAUGACAGCAUCCAGCUCAAAGUGCAGGGCGCGAAAUUCAAAAUCUAUUUUUUUUUAAAUAUUUAACUUUCACACAUUAACAAGUCCAAGACACCAGAUGAAAGGUGCACAUCUUGUGAAUCAAGCCAACAUGUCCGAUUUUUUAAAUGUUUUACAGGGAAGACAAAAUAUGUAAAUCUAUUAGCUAACCACGUUAGCAAAAGACACAACUUUUUCAAAAGACACAACUCCAUCAGUUUCUUACUCCAUCAGGUGCUAUCACAAAUUCGACCAAAUAAAGAUAUAAAUAGCCACUAACCAAGAAACAAAUUCAUCAGAUGACAGUCUGAUAACAUAUUUAUUGUAUAGCAUAUGUUUUGUUAGAAAAAUUUGCAUAUUUCAUGUAUAAACCAUAGUUUACAUUUCAGCUACAAUCCGAAAUUGCACCGAAAGCAGACAGAAUAUUUACAGACACUAACGUCAAAUAGCUAAUUACUCAUCAUAAAACAUUUCUGAAAAAUACAUAGUCUGCAGCAAUUGAAAGACAGGCAUCUUGUGAUUCCAAACAAUAUUUCAGAUUUAUUAAAUGUUUUACAGCGCAAACAAAAUGUAUCGCUAUAUUAGCGUAGCUACAAUAGACAGAAAUAAUUGGGUGCCCACGGCCAGUUCACAUGCACGACAGAUAUAUGAAAUAACAUCAUAAAAUAGGUCUUACUUUUGCUGAUCUUUCAUCAGAAUGUUGAAGAACGUGUCCUCUGUCCAGAUGAGUCGUUGUUUCGAUUCAGAAUGGGAAAUGUCCCUCUUCAAUUUGCAUUGGCACUAGCCGAGUGGCAUAAAUUUCUCCAACGUAAACACAGUCAGAGGACGGAACACGGCAAAACUCCCGAAUAAAGUUUCAAUAAUCUGACAUACAUUACGAUGAUAUGGUCACAUGUAUCAAAAAAAAAUUCGAGCCGGAGACGUUAGCCGUUCGUUACCAAGGCAAAACAGAAGUCAAUCCCACUUCCUUCAGAGUACCGGAAGUGGACCGUCACGUCAAAGAAAUAGUUUUUUUUCCACCACAGACCAAGAGGAGCAAAAAAAAUUAUUCUCUGACAUCCUCUUUACACCAAUAGGAAGGCGUAUAGAGUGUCAGCAGACUCCUAAGUGUUAAGACCAUGUAUAGGCAUCAAGUUGAAAAGAGCAUCGAUUUCUGACAUUUCACUUCCUGCUCAGGAAAAAUGCUGCAGAAGGACUUCUGUUUCACUCAGAGAAAUAAUUCCAACUCUUUUAGAAACUAGAAAGUGUUUUCUAUCCAAAAAGAAUAAUAAUAUUCAUAUUGUACGAGCAAGAUUUGAGUAGGAGGCCGUUUGAAAUGGGCACGAUUUCACUGGCUACUCAACACUUUGCCUUGCAGCCAUAAGAAGUUAAGAAUGAUGGAGGCCACUGUGUUCUUGGGGACCUUCAAUGCUGCAGCAAUGUUUUGGUAUCCUUACCCAGAUCUGCACCUCGAUACAAUCCUGUCUCGGAGCUCUCGGGACAAUUCCUUGGUUUUUGCUCUGACAUGCACUAACAAUUGUGGAACCUUUAUAUAGACAGGUGUGUGCAUUUUCAAAUCAUGUCCAAACAAGUUAUAAAAACAUCUCAAGGAUGAUCAAUGGAAACAGGAUGCACCUGAGCUCAAUUUCGAGUCUCAUAGCAAAGGGUCUGAAUACUUACACUACCGUUCAAAAGCUUGGUGUCACUUAGAAUUUAAAAAAAAUAUUUUUUCAGAAAAGCACAUUUUUUGUCCAUUAAAAUAACAUCAUAUUGAUCAGAAAUACAGUGUAGCCAUUGUUAAUGUUGUAAAUUCAAUUAAAUAUUUUUUUUAAUGGAAUAUCUACAUAGGCGUACAGAGGCCCAUUAUCAGCAACCAUCACUCCUGUGUUCCAAUGGCACGUUGUGUUAGCUAAUCCUAGUUUAUACAUUUUAAAAGGCUAAUUGAUCAUUAGAAAAUCCUUUUGCAAUUCUGUUAGCACAGCUGAAAACUGUUGUUCUGUUUAAAGAAGCAAUAAAACGGGCCUUCUUUAGACUAGUUGAGUAUGUGUAGCAUCAGCAUUUGUGGGUUCGAUUACAGGCUCAAAAUGGCCAGAAACCUGUCAGUCUAUUCUUGUUCUGAGAAAUGAAGGCUAUUCCAUGCGAGAAAUUGCCAACAAACCGAAGAUCUCAUACAAUGCUAUGUACUACUCCCUUCAUAGAACAGUGCAAACUGGCUUUAGCCAGAAUAGAAAGAGGAGUGGGAGGUGCACAACUGAGCAAGAGGACAAGUACAUUAGUGUGUCUAGUUUGAGAAACUUUUUUUAUCGAUUUUUGAAUAAGGUUGUAAUGUAAAAAAUUUUGGAAAAAGUCAAGGGGUCUGAAUACUUUCCAAAGGCACUACAUAUACUAUACUCUCAUAGGUAUACUGUCUUCUGGAAUAAAAAUCCUGAUGUUUAUAAACAACAUGUUUACACACUCUCUCUCUCUCUUUCUCUCUCUCCACUAAAUGGCUGUGUGGUUAUCUGAUGCCCUUCAGCUGAUCUUGAAGGAUCACAGUAGCUGAGGAGCAGACCAGCCGUUUUCAGAGAAAAACCUUCAAACUGAAUCAGUCAUGAUUUCUCCCCUCUGCCCUGGAGAAUACCAAUGAGACCUGAGUGUAAAAUAGGAGAUAUUGCACUGUAACACAUUUAAUUUAAAAUGUACAGUAAUUUAUGGCAGCAAUUGGCCAGGAAGUUACUGUCAUUUAUUUGACAGUAAUUCAUUUUAUGGUAAUCUAAUUUACAGUAUAUUACUGGAAUUACCCACGCAGCAACAUAUUACCCUGUGUUCUUUGCAUGUUUUAAUAUUUACAUUUUGGUCAUUUAGCUUGGCAUUCUUACAGUCAGUGCAUUCAACCAAGGUUGAUAAAAAAAAUAACAUAUCACAGUCAUAGUAAGUAAAAUGUUUCUGUAACAGUGACUCAAAAUGUUGUUGUAGUUAGGGAUACAUUGGUCUUCAAAAUAACUGUAAUUACAAUUAGAUACCUUAUGAUAUACAGUGCAUUCAGAAAAUAUUCAAACGCCUUGACUUUAUCCACAUUUUGUUACGUUACAGCCUUAUUAUAAAAUUGAUUAAAUGUUUUCCAUCAAUCUACACACAAUACCCCAUAAUGACAAAGCGAAAACAGUUUUUUAAACAUUUUUGCAAAUUUAUCAAAAAUUAAGAACAGAAAUACCUUAGUUCCAUAAGUAUUCAUAACCUUUGCUAUGAGACUUGAAAUUGAGCUCAGGUGCAUCCUGUUUUUUAUUGAUCAUCCUUGAGAUGUUUCUGCAACUUGAUUGGAACCACCUGUGGUAAAUUCAAUUGAUUGGACAUGAUUUGGGAAGGCACACAACUGUCUAUACAAGGUCCCACAUUUGACAGUGCAUGUCAGAGCAAAAAUCAAGCCAUGAGGUUGAAGGAAUUGUCCGUAGAGCUCCAAGACAGGAUUGUGUUGAGGCACAGAUCUGGGGAACAGUACCAAAAAAAUGUCUGCAGCAUUGAAGCACCCCAAGAACAGAGUGGCCUCCAGCAUUCUAAAGUGGAAGAAUUUGGAAGCGCCAAGACUCUUCCUAGAGCUGGCCACCCGGCCAAAAUGAGCAAUCAGAAGAGAAGGGCCUUGGUCAGGGAGGUGACCAAGAUCCCAAUGGUAACUCUGAAAGAGCUCCAGAGUUCCUCUGUGGAGAUGGGAGAACCUUGCAGGAGGACCGUCAUCUCUGCAGCACUCCGCCAAUCAGGCCUUUAUGGUAGAGUGGCCAGAUGGAAGCCACACCUCAGUAAAAGGCACAUGACAACCCACUUGGAGUUUGCCAAGAUGCACCUAAAGACUCUCAGACCAUGAGAAACAAGAUUCUCUGGUCUGAUGAAACCAAGAUUUAGCUCUUUGGCCUGAAUGCCAAGCGUCACGUCUGGAGGAAACUUGGCAACUUGGCACCAAACUUGACUAUAUCACAACCGUCCGUGAUUGGGAGUCCCAUAGGGCGGCGCACAAUUGGCCCAGUCUCGUCUGGGUUUGGCUGGUGUAGCCCGUCAUUGUAAAUAAGAAUUUGUUCUUAACUGACUUGCCUAGUUAAAUAAAGGUUAAAUAAAGAAUAAAUAAAUACAGUGAAGCAUGGUGGUGGCAGUAUCGUGCUGUGGGGAUGUUUUUCAGUGGCAGGGACUUGGAGACUAGUCAGGAUCGAGGGAAAGAUGAACGGAGCAAAGUACAGAGAGAUCCUUAAUGAAAAGCUGCGCCAGAGUGCUCAGGUCCUCAGACUGGGGCGAAGGUUCACCUUCCAAAAGGACAAUGACCCUAAGCACACAGCCAAGACAAUGCAGGAGUGGCUUCGGGACAAGUCUCUCAAUGUCCUUCAGUGGCCCAGCCAGAGCCCGGACUUGAACCAGAUCAAGCAUCUCUGGAGAGACCUGAAAAUAACUGUGCAACGACUCUCCCCAUCCAACCUGACAGCGCUUUAGAGGAUCUGCAGAGAAGAAUGGGAGAAACUCCCCAAAUACAGGUGUGCCAAACUUGUAGCAUCAUACCCAAGAAGACCCGAUGCUGUAAUCGCUGCCAAAAGGUGCUUCAACAAAGUACUGAGUAAAGGGUUUGAAUAAUUCUGUAAAUGUGAUAUUUCAUUUUUUAUUAUAUUUUUUAUAUUGUCAAAUUUAUGAAAACCAGUUUUUAAUUUGUCAUUAUGGGGUAUUGUGUGUAGAUUGAUGAGGGGGAAAAACUAUUUAUGUCAAUGGGUGUAACAGAGGCGAAGUCACAUGCAGGAGAGUAGAGUGAUGUAAACAGGCACACUUUUAUUUUAGUUCCAAAAACGAGAGCACUACAUAAAUCAAACACGCUCAAAACACGGAACAUAACAAAAGUAAAGCGUGUAAUAAAACACCACAAUAACAUGAAACAAUUACACACAAAACAUUAUGGGAAACAGAGGGUUAAAUACAAGUAGAUUGAUUGGGGUAAUGAAAACCAGGUGUGUAUGGAACAAGAAAAGACAAAUGGAUAUAUGAAAAAUGGAGCGGCGAUGGCUAGAAAGCCGGUGACGUCGACCGCCCGAACAAGGAGAGGAGCCGACUUCGGUGGAAGUCGUGACAAUUUAAGCAAUUUUAGAAUAAGGCUGUAACGUGACAAAAUGUGGAAAAAGUGAAGGGGUCUGAGUACUUUCCGAAUACACUGUAUAUCUGACUAUCUCUGUUUUUCCGAACUCACUUCACUCGUGCAUAACAUAAGAGGGAGGCUUGCGCUACCAGUGCUGGCAUAUGCGCAGAUCAAAUACAUCACUGGUUUGCCAUUUUCAUGUCCUAUUCAUUUGAAAGAUUGGUUAGGAAACCAGGUUUUUUAAUCGGCGUAUGCUUACUUUGAUUAUGACCUUACGCCGAUUAGGAUACACAGAGUAAAGUGUUUACAUGACUAUUGCCAUACUCGGCCUAUUGCCAUAAUCAGUUUAAUACCGUAUUAUUAGUGUGCAUGUAACUGUACUCGAUACAGUAAAAGUGACUAUUAAACUGUAAGAUUUUUUUUUACAGUAUUUUACUAUAAUUACAGGGGAUUAGAGAAAGCAAGCAGGUUGGCUGUAGGUAUUUACAUAUUACAGCACAUUAAUGAAUACUAGAUGUUUUGUAUCACUUUAAUUUCCAGAGGCCUAACAAAGGCUUCCAAACUGAUUACAGAGCAAAACAGAUCAAAUGGGAAAUAUUCAACCAUUACAUUUUUUUAAACCCAAUACACUCUGAUCUGGUCCCUAUAUACAGUACAUUUAAUUGUUAGAGAACUACUAUACCAUAUCACUUAAAUUGGCACAGGACUCAAAUAUAGCCACCUACAAGGCACGCCUUAAAAUAUGUUAAUGAGCCAACGAUUAUUUCUCCCACAAUAUUUUUCCAAAAUGCAUCAUCAUUUACAGUAUGCUGAGGUAGCAAAUACAGCAAAACAGCAAUACAUUACUUUACUGUUGAAUUGUAUUGUAAAUAAAAUCAGCAAUUGCUAAUAGUGAAUAUUUUAUUAUAUAUUACACUAUACCAACUGAUGUUGGUGUUGAAAAUAUCACUUGCAAUUUAGGCCUUAACAAAAGCUUCUAGACUGACAGUGACUACAGGGCAAAACAGAUCAAAAGGACAUGUCUAGCCACUCAAUCAAUAAAGGCUUGAGACUUUCUACCACUCUGAUCUGUCCCCUAAAUACAUGGAAUGAAUAGGGAACCACAUAUCACUUCAAUUGAUAAAGCACUCUCCCUAACAGGUGCAACAAAUACAGUAUAGCCUCUUACAAGACUAUUCAAAAAAAUGAGAGAGAAACAACAAUACCAUGCACUCACUAGCAUUCAAAAGGUUUUUGGAACUCCAAAAAUGCAGUAUGGUAGUGUAUUCUGAAUUACAAUAAAUGACUGGCAUCAAUUGGCCAGUAAGUUACUGUAAAGUUUCAGGACAAGGUUUGUAGAAUUCCUAAAAUACAGUAUAUUACCAUAUUCUGUGGGGGUACAGCAUUCUCACUCAUGGGACUCUUACAAGACACGCCUUAAAAUAUGUUAAUUAGCCAGACUAUUUCCCCACAAUGCACCAUAAUUAAUACUGUAAAACACAUUUACUGUAUUUUACUGUGCAUUAUACAGUGUUUUACUGUUGAAUUUACAGAAAGGUCUUACAGUGUGCUGUAAAACAAAUGUACAGUAUUUUAUUGUGCAUUCUACAGUAAUCUUCAAUUUCCCGUACCUGCUGUCUUGACCUCUAAAAUCCUUGGCUAUGAAAAGCCAACUGACAUUUACUCAUGAGGUGCUGACCUGUUGCACCCUCUAUAACCACCGGUCAUCUAUGAAUGUUUGAACAUCUUGAAGACCGAUCUAACCUUAAUGGCCAUGUACUAUUAUAAUCUCCACUGACACAGCCAGAAGAGGACUGGCCACCCCUCAGAGCUUGGUUCUCUAGCUUUCUACCUAGGUUCCUGCCUUUCAAUUGAGUUUUUCCUAGCCACAUGCUUCUACAUCUGCAUUGCUUGCUCUUAGGGGUUUUAGGGUGGGUUUCUGUAUAAGCACUGUGAGACAUCUGCUGUAAAAAGGGCUUAAUAAAAACAUUUGAUUGAUUUAA